CAGCGCUCGAAAGGAGUGAAUGAAAUGUGCAGCUCGGGGUGUCAUUUCUGAAGGGAGGAGUCGUUUUCUUGGAGAGGAGUCCUCAAUGAGCCUGGCCGAGGCCCGGGAUCUGUGUGAAGUGGACUAAGGAUUUAGUAGGAUGUCAACUGAGACAGAACUUCAAGUAGCUGUGAAAACCAGCGCCAAGAAAGAUUCCAGAAAGAAAGGUCAGGAUCGCAGUGAAGCCACUUUGAUAAAGAGGUUUAAAGGUGAAGGGGUCCGGUACAAGGCCAAACUGAUCGGGAUUGAUGAGGUUUCCGCAGCUCGGGGAGACAAGUUAUGCCAAGACUCCAUGAUGAAACUCAAGGGCGUUGUUGCUGGCGCUCGUUCCAAAGGAGAACACAAACAGAAAAUCUUUUUAACCAUCUCCUUUGGAGGAAUCAAAAUCUUUGAUGAGAAGACAGGGGCCCUUCAGCAGCAUCAUGCUGUUCACGAAAUUUCCUACAUCGCCAAGGACAUCACAGAUCACCGGGCCUUCGGAUACGUUUGUGGGAAGGAAGGGAAUCACAGAUUUGUGGCCAUAAAAACAGCCCAGGCGGCUGAACCCGUUAUUCUGGACCUGAGAGAUCUCUUUCAACUUAUUUAUGAAUUGAAGCAAAGAGAAGAACUGGAAAAAAAGGCACAAAAGGAUAAGCAAUGCGAACAAGCUGUGUAUCAGGUUCCCACCAGCCAAAAGAAGGAAGGUGUUUAUGAUGUGCCAAAAAGUCAACCUGUAAGUAACAGCUGUGCGUUUGAAGAUUUUGAAGAACGGUUUGCAGCGGCGACCCCUGCUGUGACCCAGUUAGAACUUUUUGGGGACAUGUCCACCCCUCCUGAUAUAACCUCUCCCCCCACUCCUGCAACUCCAGGUGAUGCCUUUAUCCCGUCUUCAUCUCAGACACUUCCGGCGAGUGCAGACAUGUUUGGUUCUGUACCUUUCGGCACUGCUGCUGUACCCUCAGGUUAUGUUGCAAUGGGCGCCGUCCUCCCAUCCUUCUGGGGCCAGCAGCCCCUUGUCCAACAGCAGAUCGCCAUGGGUGCUCAGCCACCAGUCGCUCAGGUGAUGCCAGGGGCUCAGCCCAUCGCAUGGGGCCAGCCGGGUCUCUUCCCUGCCACUCAGCAGCCCUGGCCCACCGUGGCCGGGCAGUUUCCGCCAGCCGCCUUCAUGCCCACACAAACUGUUAUGCCUUUGCCAGCUGCCAUGUUCCAAGGUCCCCUCACCCCCCUUGCAACCGUCCCAGCCACGGGUGACUCCGCCAGGUCAAGUCCACAGACCGACAAGCCCAGGCAGAAAAUGGGGAAAGAAAUGUUUAAGGAUUUCCAGAUGGCCCAGCCUCCACCCGUGCCCUCCCGCAAACCUGACCAGCCCUCCCUCACCUGCACCUCAGAGGCCUUCUCCAGUUACUUCAACAAAGUCGGGGUGGCACAGGAUACAGACGACUGUGAUGACUUUGACAUCUCCCAGUUGAAUUUGACGCCUGUGACUUCUACUACACCAUCGACCAACUCACCUCCAACCCCAGCCCCUAGACAGAGCUCUCCAUCCAAAUCAUCUGCAUCCCACGCCAGUGAUCCGACCACCGAUGACAUCUUUGAAGAGGGCUUUGAAAGUCCCAGCAAAAGUGAAGAGCAAGAAGCUCCUGAUGGGUCACAGGCCUCAUCCAACAGUGAUCCCUUUGGUGAGCCCAGUGGUGAUAAUAUAAGUCCACAGGCCGGUAGCUAGAUAGCACAGGUCUGGGAGCUGGAGCCUCUUUAUGCGCGGAUCAACAAAUCUAAGAAAUAGCAUCAAUGCGGGCUUGUGGCGGGUGCUUCAGGACUGGCAUGGAAAUCAGCAUCGCGACAGGCUCUCUUGUAUUCUUUCACCUCACCUCAUCCCACGAAGAAAUUCAUGAUUGCCCAAUGGAACUCGUUUGGAAGAGGGAACUAAGAGUCUUUGGCAACCACUGGCAGAUAUCUAUGGCAGCACAAAAACAAACACACAGAAGCAUAAAAAAUCAUACCCAACAUUAAAUCACAAAUCAAGCAAAUGCUUACUUGACAAAGAGCCUAAGCUCUCUUAACACGUGGGUUUAAGAUGACCCGGUAUGCGAAACCAUAGUUCUCUUUUUUAUUUCUCUACCGGUUGGCCACUGUAAAGACAUCAAAUUUGGAGUGACAGGCCUCAGAGAGUUACAUCAGGGUUGGCACUGACGUCAUUUAGGCAAAAGUAAGAGGUCUCUGUCACCACAAUAUCAUCAUCCAUAUGCCUUUCCAAAUAGGAUGAUGUAUUUACAUCACUCCAUAAUGCCUGGUCUGCCAUUUUCCCCCCUUUCCUUUCUUUGUCAUGUUUGAAAAUUAAUGGGUGUACAAAUUUUUGUAUUGCUUUUGACUUUUUUUAGAUAUUGGUGAAGAAAUCGAACUGGGAAAAAAAAAAAAAACCUCAUAUGAAAUGAAUUGACUUGAAAUCACAAGACAGAUGAGUGGUUGAUGAUUCUUUUUGAUCAAGAAUGUUGCCAAAACAACCCUUUAGCUCUUCUGCAUCCUGGUGAAGAAAGACAGCUUUCGGUUUAACCUUCACUCUGUGAGUAGGAAAGGACAUCGAAUCCCAUUGAUGAGAAAGAUGAAAAAUGCAUCUGAUUUCCUCAGAAGCUCUAAACUCUAAGUCCAAUAAAAUGAGAUUUUUUAUUUUUCCGA